ACCUCUCCUGCCCCUUAUGAUCUUUACUCACGUUGGUUCGAUGGCAUGGCACAGUACCCAAAAGGACGGCUCGCUCAAGUUCUUUCAGAGCAAAUGCAAGUCUGGAUUUUAUGGCGUUUCAGGUUCAGCCAAGAACGGGACAGCGUUGCUCCAAUGCGCCAACAGCAAAGGCAUCGUCGCCUUAACCCUCUAGUGUCUCAUCUCAUUCCUCUCAUCUCAUUACCUUCUGGCCGAUAAUGCCUUUAACCCAUGACACGCAGGCGCCUCACGUUAUCAGACCUGGUCGUCUUUUCGGUUCUCAGUUUGCACCGUCGUUCGCCACGGAUAUUUUCGUCACACCUCAUCCUUCGUUCUAGCACGUUUCCACUGCUCAGACGAAGCGUCCUUUUCCUUUGCAUUCGGCGAAGGACAACUCCCAAAGUCCAUUUUUUAUUUUACAUCCGCGUCACCACUAUUCCUCCGUUCCAAGUACUGGUAGUUUCCACUCACAAAGGACACAUUAUUAACGAUUGCGCACUAUCACAUUGCAUGCAAAGAAUUGCACGCUUUCCAUAUGAUUGGACACUGGCUUUUGGUUUCUCACUUCCCAUGUGCAAUACAUACAGCAGAUCUCUUUUACUCCCUUUUCCCUUCAACUUCUUCGUUGCCUCUGGUUGGGUCCUGCGCUUCUCCGCGGUCUUUCUGUCUUCUCCGUUGCCUUUCAACCCUACUUUUUUUUUUUUUUUCUGAGAUGAACAAUUGUAAAUUUAGCUAGGCUACGGUGUCUUUCGGUUCAGCAUAACACCCAUGUUCCCUCAAUACAAUCGACGGAUGUCUCUGGUCUUCACAG